AUGCGCAGACGAAGUCUAAAGGAGACUGGAUUUCUGUUGGUGAUACACAUUGCAAGCAGGAGUAGCCUAAACGAGAUGACAGCUGUCUCCCCAGAUCCUCACAUUCUGGUCUCAAGUGAACAGAAAAAAGUCUUUAGGAUGGAGACUCCUGGAAAUCCAGAAGCUCUCAUGAAAGGAGACACUGCUGACCCAGAGUCUUUCAGACAGAGGUUCAGGUGGUUUUGUUACUCUGAAGAGGCUGGACCCAGAAAAACCCUGAAUCAGCUAUGGGAGCUCUGCGUUCAGUGGCUGAGACCAGACAUCCACACGAAAGAACAGAUUCUAGAGCUUUUGGUGUUUGAACAGUUCCUGACCAUCUUGCCUGGGGAGAUCAGGAUUUGGGUCAAAUCGCAACAUCCUAAGAGUAGUGAGGAAGUGGUGACCCUAGUAGAGGAUUUGACCCAAGUGCUUGAAGAAAAGAAAGAACCGAUCUCUCAAGAUUCUGUUGUUUCCCAAGAGGAGAACCCUGAAGAAGAUAAAACAGUUUCUGUUCUUCCAAAUACUGAGGCCCAGGAAUCCAUGACACUUAAAGACGUGGCUGUCACCUUUUCCAGAGGAGAGUGGAGGAAACUGGAGCCUUCUCAGAAGGAGAUAUAUAAGGAAGUGCUGCUGGAGAACUAUAGGAACCUAGAAUUUCUGGGUUUUCCAGUUUCCAAGUUAGAUUUGGUUUCCCAGCUGAAGUGGGCUGGACUGCCACGGCUGCUGCAAAAAGAAGUCUCCAAAGGUUGUAGACCAGAGUGUGAACUUGGUGGUGGAUUGAAGGAAUCUGGCGGAAGUCAAGAUGUUCUUAUGGAAGAAUCGACUUUAGAUAAAAUAAUAGAAAGGUAUCUAAUGAGUGGCGAUUGUGACUCAGUGGGAGAAUCCUGGAAACGUUAUGGCAGAUUCGAGGAUGGUUGUAGCAAUAGGGAACAUUCACAAGGACAAAUCACACAGAAGAAAACUCAUGGGAGAGGCAGUAAGGGUGAGGAAUUUGAUCCAGAAAGGAGUCCCUUUGGAAGUAGCUUCAAACCACCUUCGGAUCUAAUUAAACAUCUGAGAGUCUACUUAAGGAAGAAAUCUCGGAGGUAUAAUGAAGGCAAGAAACCCUUUAGUUUUCAUUCAGACCUUGUUCCAAACCGCAAAGAACACAGUGGUGAAAAGCCAAGGAAAUGUAACGAAGGCAGGAAAGCCUUAAGUCACUCUUCUUCUCGGACUGAACAUCAGAAACAUCAGAAAAGCCGUUCGGGGGAGAAGUCUCAGAAGUGUAGUAAUUGCGGAGUAGCCUUUAUUCCAAGCUCAUCCCUCAGUAAAAAAAGCUCCUCUACAUGUGAAAAAUGUUGGAAAGGUUUAGGUCAAGAUACAGCCAUAGAUAAAGAAGAGGGAACUGAGACUGGAGAAGGAACCCAUAAAUGCAGCAAAUGUGGAAAAGCCUUUGGCUAUAACACCUCACUGACCAAGCAUAGGAGAAUUCACAGUGGAGAGAAACCCUACAUGUGCAAUGAGUGUGGAAAAGCCUUCAGUGACAGCUCAUCUCUCACGCCACAUCACCGAACUCACAGUGGAGAGAAGCCCUUCAAGUGUGAUGACUGUGGGAAAUCUUUCACCCUAAGUGCCCACCUCAUUAAACAUCAGAGAGUUCACACAGGUGAGAAACCCUAUAAAUGUAAAGACUGUGGGAGGCCCUUCAGUGACAGUUCAUCUCUUAUUCAGCAUCAGCGAAUUCACACUGGAGAAAAACCCUACACAUGUAACAACUGUGGAAAAUCCUUCAGUCACAGCUCAUCCCUUUCUAAACAUCAGAGAAUUCAUACUGGAGAGAAACCCUAUAAAUGUGGUGAGUGUGGGAAAGCCUUCAGACAGAAUUCUUGCCUUACCCGACAUCAGAGGAUUCACACUGGAGAAAAACCAUAUUUGUGUAAUGAUUGUGGGAUGACUUUUAGCCAUUUUACAUCUGUAAUUUAUCAUCAGAGACUUCAUUCAGGAGAAAAACCCUACAAGUGUACCCAGUGUGAGAAAGCCUUCCCUACCCAUUCACUCCUCAGCCGUCAUCAGAGAAUUCACACGGGUGUCAAGCCUUAUAAAUGUAAGGACUGUGGAAAAUCCUUCAGUCAGAGUUCAUCUCUCAACGAACAUCAUCGGAUUCACACUGGAGAGAAACCCUAUGAAUGUAACUACUGUGGGGCAACCUUUAGCCGGAGCUCAAUCCUUGUAGAACACCUGAAAAUUCAUACCGGAAGGAGGGAGUAUGAGUGCAAUGAGUGUGAGAAGACAUUCAAAAGUAAUUCUGGCCUCAUCAGGCAUCGGGGAUUUCACUCUGCAGAAUAAUUCUUGGAAAUACAGUGAGGUGCGGGGUGUGGGUUUACACA